GCCCGCCGUAGGCUCCCGGGACCCGCGCCGCGCGCUCCUUCUCCGACAGCUGCAGGGAGCCCAGCGCACCGCGUCCUGCCCCGUCUGUCCCCGCGGGUCGCCGCGCCAUGACCACCCAGCAGAUAGUCCUCCAGGGCCCGGGACCAUGGGGCUUCCGCCUCGUGGGGGGCAAGGACUUCGAGCAACCCCUGACCAUUUCCCGGGUCACUCCUGGAAGCAAGGCCGCGAUGGCUAACCUGUGCAUCGGAGAUGUAAUCACAGCCAUCGAUGGGGAAAACACCAGCAAUAUGACCCACUUGGAAGCUCAGAACAAAAUCAAGGGCUGUGCAGACAACAUGACUCUCACAGUCACCAGGUCUGAACAAAAAAUCUGGUCUCCCCUGGUGACAGAGGAAGGGAAACGUCAUCCGUACAAGAUGAAUUUAGCCUCUGAACCCCAAGAGGUCCCGCACAUAGGGAGCGCCCACAACCGGAGUGCUGUGCCCUUUACUGCCUCACCGGCCACCAGCUCUGCCCCCAGGGUCAUCACAAACCAGUACAACAACCCAGCUGGCCUCUAUUCCUCUGAAAACAUUUCCAACUUCAACAACGCCUUGGAGUCCAAGACAGCAGCCAGUGGGCAGGAGACGAAUGGCAGAGCCUUAGACAACCCUCAGCCUCCGAGCGGACUCAUCAUCAACAAAGAAUCUGAAGUUUACAAGAUGCUUCAAGAGAAACAAGAGUUAAAUGAGCCCCCCAAGCAAUCCACUUCAUUCCUGGUUUUGCAGGAAAUCCUGGAGUCUGAAGAGAAAGGGGAUCCCAACAAGCCCUCAGGUUUCAGAAGUGUUAAGGCUCCGGUCACCAAAGUGGCUGCAUCUAUUGGAAACGCCCAGAAGUUGCCCAUGUGUGACAAAUGCGGCACCGGCAUUGUUGGCGUGUUUGUGAAGCUGCGGGACCGUCACCGCCACCCCGAGUGUUAUGUGUGCACUGACUGUGGCACCAACCUGAAACAGAAGGGCCACUUCUUUGUGGAGGAUCAGAUCUACUGUGAAAAGCAUGCCCGGGAGCGGGUCACACCGCCCGAGGGCUACGACGUGGUCACUGUGUUCCCCAAGUGAACCGGCAGACCUGCGCCUGUCACCGCUUAUGCUCUCACCGCCCCGGCGCUCUCUCCUCUCCUCUCCUCUCCUCUCGUCUGAGGUCUUUGGUUUUCUCCCUGCCUCUGCUCACUGACUCACUGGCUGUGUGACGCCUGCUUUUACGAUUAACAGAAGAUGGUUUCGUUCAGUGGCCUCCUUGCCAGCAUCCCCGGGUCUUCUCUGCACCUCGGUUCAUCUCUGCCACCAGUGGACAUCAGCCAAAUUUGAACCAGACCGAAUUUAAUAUGUGUGAUGUUGAUUUCGUUUUUACUCAAUAAAUUUAUAGACUCCAA